AUCCUACUUCUCCCAUAAACUAAAGUCGCCUCUACCCCACCGCCUCGGAAACUCCGCAACAUCCACCACCUCCGAUGAUACAACAACCACCUCUCCAUUGCGAUUACCCCCUUGAAGACCACAAAAGUCACCCUUCUCAUCUACUAUUCUCAAACCAGCGCUGCAACCAUGUCAUCCGUAGCGCAAAAGCGCCUCUUCCACGAAUACAAAAACCUCUCCACCAACCCGCCCGACGGCAUCACCGCAGGCCCCGUCACAGAAGAUGACAUGUACCACUGGGAAGCACUCAUCCAGGGCCCCGAGGGCACACCAUUCGAAGGCGGAAUUUUCGCAGCAGAGUUAAAGUUUCCGAAGGAUUAUCCUUUGAGCCCGCCGACGAUGAAAUUUGUUGGGGGUGGGGUGUGGCAUCCGAAUGUCUACCCCAACGGAACAGUCUGCAUAUCCAUCCUCCACCCUCCCGGCGACGACCCGAAUCACUACGAACACGCCUCAGAACGGUGGUCUCCUAUCCAAAGUGUCGAGAAGAUCCUAAUUUCGGUUAUGAGUAUGCUUGCGGAACCUAAUGAUGAGAGUCCAGCGAAUGUCGAAGCGGCGAAGAUGUGGAGAGAGCGGAGGGCUGAGUACGAGAGGAAGGUGAAGGAGGAGGUUAGGAAGGGGUUAGGGUUGUAAGGAAUUGGUUUUUGAGGGGGAAAUGCCUUGGUUGUGAUGUAUGUUUAUACUUGGUAUAAUACGCAUAGCGUGGGUUUGAUGGAUGCAGGGUCGUUAGUCGACUUUGCUGGCGUAUGAGGUGUGUUUUUUUAUUCCCUUGUUUUAUAGAAAUAUGAUGAGGAACGAUUCUUAUGGCUUUCUUCUAGGGUGUGGUGCUGAUAGUGUAAAAUAUAAUAGACAUUAACC